UCCGGCGUGGGUGCAGGUGGGCACACGCUGCCGCUGUCCGGUUGACUUUGCGGAGCCAUGGAGGGUGGCUUCGGCUCGGAUUUCGGGAGCUCCGGCGGCGGGAAGCUGGACCCUGGGCUUAUCAUGGAGCAGGUGAAAGUGCAGAUCGCCGUGGCCAACGCGCAAGAGCUGCUGCAGAGGAUGACGGACAAGUGCUUCCGGAAGUGCAUCGGGAAGCCGGGGGGCUCCCUGGACAAUUCGGAGCAGACAGCUUCGGAAAGCCAGUACCAAUCCACCCAACCCCGCACGGAGCGGGCACCCACUUCUGCUGUCUCCCCAGAAAGUACCUUGUGGCUUAGAUGCAGUGGCUGAGUUGAGCGGCACGGCGCUGGGGGCCAGCGUGGGCCUGGUGGGUGUGUUGACCACCGGGCUCUGUGGGCUGGUGGGCCAGGCGGUGCUGGGGAUGGCCGGGGCAGGAGCCGCCGUGGGGGCCAGAGGCUUGCUUGCAGCGGCAAUGGCCUCCAGGAUCCAGUCACGCAGCCUGGUCACUCGGGCGUACACCCCCGGACGCCGGGCUUCUGCACAGCCGAUUCCCCAGCUCACGAUGCCGGCCAGGAAGAACCUUCCGGAGGGCUCCUCGCAGACCAGGGGGCCCCCCGAGUCGCCCUGGGAGACAAAGGCACACCCUCAGGAGGGGUCGGGGCUCCGUGGCUGCAGCCGGUCCCAAUCCCAGAGCCACAGGGUCAGAGAAGGAGCCCUGGUUGGGGGCCUUCUCCCCACGCGCUCACGGAGCACAUGUGGGCUGAUACCUCACAUCUCGGAACCUCAGACUCCUCUUCUAAAGAAAUAAAAUAGGACAGUUGGGCUAUGA